CCAACCCCGUGCGUAAAAGAUAUUCUGGAAAGAUACUUGGAGAUCCAGAAGUGUAUUUUCUAAAUGAGCUACAGCACAAACUGAUCACAGACGGAAACAAUCGCAUCUCCGGAAAAUCACAAAUCCAGCUUAUCGCAAGAUCGAUGAUCUUUGACCGUCUGCUUUUGUUUUUACGCCUGAAAACCAGAAGUUGCCUGCUCGAUGAGAACCUCGCACGGCCCUGCUUGACCAGCCUCGGACGACCAGGAGUCGCCAGAUCCACAGGUCAAAGAGUUAUUUACCUUUUCAAUAGAUUCUAGCCAUGUGUGAGUAGUUGGAGAUAAAGCUGCAGCAAAAGCCUCGUGUGGUUGUAAGGGGGAGAGGGAGAGUAUAUAGCCUCGCCGGACUAUAGAGGAGGAAAUCUGGGAAGAGAGGGGGAAGAGAAGCGGCGUCUCCGAGGAUGACUUUAGGGACGGAUAUGUCCGACAGCUCUGCAUUGUCCGAAGAUGUGGACAUCGAUGUGGUCGGGGGCGACAUAUCCGUUGGAAAGGACGGAAAGUACAUUCACCACGAGUUCAACUUGGACAAUGACUCGGACGAUAAUUACUCCCAGAACGCGGCCGAGAGGGUUUCUUCUCCGGGGCUCAGCAGCUCCGACUGCCCGUCGGACCAGAUGGGCUCCGGCGCAGAGGUCGGCACCGUGAUCGGGGAGAAAUCCAAAAAGGGCGCUCUGGUGAAGCCCCCUUACUCUUACAUCGCCCUGAUCACCAUGUCCAUCCUGCAGAGCCCCAAGAAACGCCUCACUCUCAGCGAGAUCUGCGAGUUCAUCAGCAGCAGAUUCCCUUACUACCGGGAGAAAUUCCCCGCGUGGCAGAACUCAAUUCGCCACAAUCUGUCCUUGAACGACUGCUUCGUGAAGAUCCCCCGAGAGCCCGGCAACCCGGGCAAGGGCAACUACUGGACCCUCGACCCGGAUUCCGCAGACAUGUUCGACAACGGGAGCUUCUUGCGCAGGAGGAAGCGCUUCAAGAGGCACCAAACGAACGAAAUCCUCCGCGAGUCUGGCUUUCUGCCCGGGUUUGGAUACGGUCCGUAUGGAUACAACUAUGGACUUCAGCUGCAGAACUUCCACGCAGCCCACAACCCGUACCACCCGCACCACACAGGUGGUUCGUUCGCGUUCCCCAACGCCCCCUGCACCUUGCCCUCGUCAGCCUCCAUAUUCCCCGGGCCGCAUCACCUUCCCUCCCUGUUAGCUGCCGAUUUAAGAAAGCCUUUUUAUCCCCAACUAAGCCCGUCUCUGCCGCCUCUCAAGACGGACUCCAGCACCCCGAGUCGUCCUUCGUUCUCCAUUGACAAUAUCAUCGGUGCGGCCAACUCCACCGCCUCUUCCUACGGCGUGCAGCCGGCCAGCCAGGCUCAGAUCCUGGCCAUAUUAACGCCAGCACUGGCCUCUGCUUCCAACCAUUUGAACCUAUCGCAGGAAAGCAUAUUACAGGCCGGGCCACAGGGGCAGACUUUUUCCAGCAAAAUCCCAAAUAUGAACACUUGUCCUUUCUAA